AUGGCCGAGAUAGAGGAGCUUUCCCCGGCUGCGGGCCCCGUGGCCACUCGGCCCCCGGAGGAUGAGAUCGACGACGACGAAGACGAAGAUGAGGAUCUGGAUGAGACGUUGGGUGAGAGGUUGUGGGGCCUCACAGAGAUGUUCCCAGAAACACUCCGGACGGCGGCGGGGGUAUCUGCCCAGUGCUCUGUCUCUCUGGCCAAGAAGCUGUAUAGUUUUUCCCGCGCUGCUCUUUGGGUCGGUACCACUUCUUUCAUGAUUCUGGUUCUGCCGGUGGUGUUUGAGACAGAGAGACUACAACUGGAGCAGCAGCAACUUCAGCAGCAAAGACAGAUUCUACUUGGGCCGAACACGGGGAUGUCUGGAGGAAUGCCCGGGAUGAUGCCCCCGGGAAAAAUCUGA